GCUGUUAACACCACAGCAGUAAUGGUUUAUAUUCACGGUGACACUUUAACAUCGAAAGACUUAGUCAGAAAUAAUUUACAAUGGGUAAUGCAAUUUAGAAACACUUUGGAAAAUCUUCAACCCAAACAAAGACUGUACCUGGUUUCAAAUGUUAGUCCAUACGAGGGUAUCAAAAACUUUGUGGGAGACGUUCAAAAACAAUUCCAAAAUUCGGAAUUGUUAAGGUUCAUAUUUCUACUUGAUAAAGAAAAGGUCACAUUUGAUGAUUCUAAAUCGAUAUUCAAGAGUAUACUGAAGCAUGACCUGGUUCUUACUGUCAUUAGUGAUGGUCAGAUUGGUAGUUAUCUGUCCAUUCCUACAGAACUUCGAGAAGAAGCUAAACAAAUAUUCCAUGCCUCCGGGAAUGUUAUUUCUAAUAAACAUAUUCGAUAUAUUGGGUUGAAUCUGAAAGACGAAUCUGUCAACCCUGAUAAAGAGCCAGAACUAGGACCCAUCGAUUAUUCUGCCGUAAACAAUUCUAAUCAACCUAUCAUGGGCUUAGCGUGCUUUGACAGGAGUUCGUAUCAAAUAAUUCCCGAUUCUGUUCUUUGCUGGAAUGUGCCUGACGGUUGGAAUUUAGACGAUGCUGCAGCUGUUCCUUAUUCGUACGCCAUGGCUUAUCAUUGUUUGAUAAAUAAAGCAAGGGUUACCACUGGAGGAAAUGUACUCAUCCAUUCCGCUUGUACUGGGGUUGGUUUUGCCUGUGUUUGUAUUGCCCUUAGCAUUGGAUGUAACGUUUUCGUCACGGUGACUACAGACCAACAGAAGGCCUACAUUUUACAAAAAUUUGAUAGGCUUAUUGAUAGGAAUGUAUACAGUAAUGUCACUGCGGAUUUCGAACCUUUAUUCUUGUUAGCAACACAAGGGAAGGGUGCCCAAGUGGUUAUUAACAAUUUAUCGGGAAGAUUCUUUGAAGCGUCGUUGAGAUGCCUUGGUAUGUACGGAAGAUUCAUUCAACUAGGUCAGUAUGACAUGGAACAAAACGGAACGAUGGGAUUGGGAGUUUUUUUUAAACACGUAAGUUUUUAUCACGUCUCCCUCGAGUCAAUAUUUCAAUGUUCAAUUGAAGAAAAACGGUCUGUUGCCAACCUCGUUCAAAAAGGUAUUGAUAAUCUUGUGGUGAGACAUUUGUUUAAAGCAGUCUACGAUAAAUUUGAUAUCGAAAAGCUUUUGAGUGACCUAAAUGAUAAAGGAAAUAUUACCAGAAAAGUCAUCCAGGUGACUCAUAAUCUUCCUUUAGGACAACUAAAUACUGUUAACAUGACUAAAUUUCACUGCGAUUACCGGUCAUCGUAUCUUAUAGUCGGUGGCAAUGAGGAGUCGUGGAUUGAUAUGGCAGAAUGGCUUGUGCUGCGAGGAGCUAAGAAAAUUAUAGCAGCAUCCGAAUCAAAACCCCAACAGUCCAAUUUAACAAGGCGCCUAACACUUUUAAAGUCGUUUUAUAAUGCUGACAUCAUUCACGCACCAUUUGAAGCUCAUACCAGAGACUCUGCGAUGGAACUCAUUUCCGAAGUUUUCAUGUUAGGCCCCAUCAAUGCGGUGUUCUUGCUACCAAGUAAUUAUGAGAAACUUCGAAAUUCUGAUAUAAAGUCAGUCCAGUACAUCGAUGCUGAAUUAAAAACAAAAGCUCCAAAGGCUUUGUUUGUGAAUUUCAUGAAAGAGUUCACUGGAAUAUGUCAGAAUAGGUCAGAAGCCGGUUUUCCGACGUGCACGGUUGAGUGGCAAAACGGAAUCCAGUUUUCCGAUAUUCUGGAUGAUUUGGACGACAUCCUCAGUUAUCGAUUGAACCACAUUUACGUCACAAAUAACGAAAUUAAUGAACUGUUUGGAGAAAGCAAUCAGAUGCUGUACAACAGUAUGUAAAAAUAGUUAAUACUU